AGCUGAUUGACGUGACGUCCUCCGUACUGGCUGUAAGAAUCAUUGACCAAUCACAGCGCAGAGCUCGAGAGCGCACGGAAUGCGGAUGUGAUGUAAAUGUUGUCGAGGUCGUUACCAAAACAUAUCCGAAGUGGCGUUUUUUACUUCGUGAGCCGACUGACGCUUUGUUUUUAUUUACCAGACGAACAGGAGAUGUUCGGCGGUAUUUAGGAGCUAAUAAUCAGCAGGUUAAGUUUUAACAGUGAACAUGGAGCUGUUCGCGCUGUUGUGUGUUUGUGCUCUGAUGCUGUGCAGGACCUCAGUCGUGUGUGUGUCGUUACCUGUCCCGCAGAACAUAACUCUUUGGACGCUCAACAUAAAUUACGUGCUGAAGUGGGACUGGGAAACGGCUCAGGCACCGGACGAUGCUCUCAACGUUACCUUCACUGCUCAGUAUCUGGCGAUGUUUAAGCUGAAAAAGCCCAAAAACAAGCAGGACUGGAAACCUCUGUGUGAGUCGACGUCUGAGCACGUCUGUGAUUUUUCCUCAGUACAGCUGCAUUAUCUGGGCGUAUGGCUGCUUCGUCUCAGGGCCCAGAGCGGACAGAACGUCUCGUCCUGGGUCAAGAUUGAGUUCUGUCCAGACAGAGAUGCUGUCAUCGGGCCGCCCUCUGCAGUUAACGUGACCCCUGUGAAAGGCUUGCUGCAGGUAGUGAUCACCGACCCUCUGACCUUCACCAACAGCUCCAUGAAGGAUCUGCUACCAAAUUUGUACUACAUUAUAGAGUACUGGAAAAAGAGCUCUUCAGCAGAGAAAUCUAAUAAUCUAACAAGUGCCAAUAAUCUGGUGAUUCUGCCUGGGCUGGAGAGCUGGACGUGGUACUGCGUGAGAGUGCAGUCUAAGGAGGAUUAUUACAAGAAGACCAGUGCUUUCAGUCCCGCAUACUGCAUUCAGACAGACGGUCAGAUCCCCUAUUGGCAGAUUGUUCUCUACUUCCUGCUGUCGCUGGGUGUCUGUUUCCUGGUGAUCCUGUCAUUCUUCAUGUUCACCUUAAGAGUGGUGAAGGUUAUCAAGAGCACCUUCUUCCCCUCGCUCCUGCUGCCUUCACACAUCCAGGAGUACCUUUUUGACUCGAACACCUCAGACAUGCCGCACUUGCUGAGCACUGAGCCACUGGAGAUUUGCUAUGAUAGGCUGGAACUUCUGCCCCCUGACCCUGAGGUCACAGAGGUCCACAAGAUCAUCUUGGAGGUCCACCUGCCACCCGAGACCUCACAGCAAAGUCGCAGGACACACAGCCGACGCAGCAGCUGCGACUCCGGUGUUUAUUCCACAGAGGGCUCGGCUCCGAGGCAGAACGAGCUCGGAGAUGUGAAGGAGGAAAAACCUGGAAGGAAGAUACGAGCCGAGGAGCCAGACGAAGGAGUGCAAGAUAUUUGCGUCUAAUCUGGACAAAAUGAAAACUGCUGCUGUUUGUGCCGCAAUCUCUUCCUAACCUGCGUCCUGCAGAGACAUACAGGCUCGAUAACAAACUUUGUUAGGCUAGAAGGUUGGAAAGUGCUGAUCUCUCAGCAGGCCUGUGGAGAAAGAGCGAACCUUUUUUCUAUAAACUUGUAAGAGAAGUCAGUUUAAAUCAUUUGCACUUUAACCUUUAAUGCAUUUUUUCCCAAUACUUGUUCAUUAUAAAUGUACAGCACAUAACUGAGGUAAAAGGAGGAUGUGAAAAUGACACGUGUCUGAAAAACGGCAUUAUAAAUUUAUAAUGUGAAGAAUAGAAGAGUUUGCUGGUUAAAAACAGUUACAUUUCUUGGAGCCACGAUGUCAUAAACUGGCACAUUCUCAAAAAGUCUCACUUUUUACAAAAAUAUAGGGUUUUUAAAAAAAUGUCCUUAUAUAGACAAAUGUUGAAUAUGAUUCUCAUAGAAUCGGAUCUACUAUAUGGUGUAGAUUACUUUAUUCCUUUGCUUUUAACUACUCUUUUAAAUUUACAUACUUUUCUCUCAAAUGAGAGAGAGACUACAGAGUCUGUACAUAGUAUAUUGUUUGUGCAGUUUAAACUAUGUUUGAAGGAGUGGAUUAUUGAAAGCUGUCAGACUGACUGAUGUAAAGGAUCUCUUUUUCUCCUGUGUAGUAAGACAAUGUAACUAAGUGCUGUGCAGAGCCACUGAGGGUCAAGGUUAUUAUGUCGACAAAUUUUAUUUUUUGUAAAAUUAAAGUUCAUAUUAUCAAAAAAAUAAACUGUUUGUUCUCAUUUCCAUCUGUAUAGAUGUUAGCCUCAGUGAUGUGGAGCUCUAAGACCUGGGGGGUAUUCGAGAAAGCUUGGUUAACUUACCAUUUGUUAAAUCAUAACCUCUGGGUUGAUUUACCCCAAACAGGCAUACCAUGAGUAUGUCGGUUCCAAAACACAUGAGAAGAGUUAGUUUAAUCAACCUCCAACUGGUUACCCAGAGUUUAUGCACGUGCACGGUGCAUAUAUAAAGACAUUUUCAAUGGAUCGCCGAUUUCACGAGUCACCAUGGAAACUCAAAACGAAAAAAAGAGCGGCAUAUUUCACAGAGGCGGAGUUGGAGGUUUUAAUGCACGCUUAUGAAGAGUUUACGCCAAUAAUAUUAAAAAGAAGCAAUACAGCUGCAUCGGCUAAAGCAAGAGAGUUGGCUUGGCAAAAUAACGGACAGAGUAAAUGCGUGUAAUCCUUCUGGAGCCAGAAGAACUUUAAGCCAAGUCAAAAUAAAACACAAAAACAUUCUGCAAAAAGCUAAUAGAAAGAAGACCGAAGCCCAUCUAACUGGCGGGGGCCCACCACCACCUACCCUCACCCCAUCUGAGGAGCUGGCUCUGGAGGGUGACCAGUGGUUGCUGGCAUUCCAGGGCAGUUCCUCGCACACACCAUGCACCACAAGUGAUGGUGAAAAAAUGGUGAAAUAUACUGAUGGACGGAUUGUAUUAUUGGACCCUCCAGAAAGAACACUGUCUGUCACAGUUGAUGAAGAUGAUGAUGAUGACGAUGAAGAGACCACAUCUGCUGUGACAGAAGUGGACAAUGCUAGUAGAUCCAAUGAGUACAUACCUAGGGAUUUGCCCACAGAUGAGGGUCCUUCAACCUCAGCACACAAUCUAAGCAGGCAAAGGAGCUGUAUAAGGUCCAUCUUCAAAAACAAAUAAGAAAAAGUGACAUGGACAUGGACAUUAUACAGCUUCAAAUGGAAGAGAAAAGGCUCCUCAUUAAAAAAAAAGCAGCACUUUAAAUUGAAUUACUGGAGCAUCGCCUUAAGGAAAUAAAGAAAUAACCUGCCUGGCAGACCGGUGCAAAAAAAAUAAUAAACGUAAUUUUGACAGAUCCUGUCUCUCAGAAGUCUUCCGUCUCUGUUGGCCUCUAAAAUCUGUAGGUGUUCCUCUGGGCCAUCUUCCUCAAUACAAGGAGGAUUUUACUACAAAGGACAAACCUGCCUGGAAACUCUGGAAUUCGUCUUUAAUAACAAGCAGAGGUUUAUGGCCAGGGAACUGCACAAACGUGGAAAUCUCUGCGCGGAUAUCACACGAAAGUGGGGGAGCAAGAGGAUGUUCUGCAAGAAAUGUGAGGAGGUUUUGUGCUGAAAAUGGCUUAAGUUUGAUGGGACUCCCCAAUGCACAUUUGGAGUUAGAGGCCCCCAAAGCUAUAACCGAGGUGGGACCUACAAAUGGAAGAAGGAUGAUAAAGGGGUAUCUCACCAUGAAAGGAGUGCAUGCCUCAGAGACUCGAAUUGGAACAGUGCUCAGAACUAUGCAUCAGUCUUACCAUGAAGCAAGACGUCAGGGUGCCUGCAAUCUCAACCCCAUAACAUAUCAAGCUGGUUACAUGGGCCAUAAUUCCAUAUGGACCAAAACGAAAAACUGGCUAUGUUUGGGGUCACCCAUGUUUUAGCCAUUGAUGGCUUCAGCAAAAAGGUUGUUGCUCAUUGUACAAUGCCUAUAAAAAACAACCUUGCCAUCUAGGAAGAUGUUUUCAACAUAUGUCUUGUUGUGGACACUAAAGAGAUUGCAUACACACGGCUAAGAAUGUGACUAAACUGUUGAACACCUACAUUGUUAUGAACCAUAUUAUACAGAAAAUAACGGAUUUGGAACAGUUACGUUUAAAAAGUUUAUUAAAAUUGGCUUUUUCAUCCAAUAGGCCUGCAGUACUUGAAUGUGGUAUAUGGGACCAGGUGGGAGUAGAUCAUGGCAAGGAGUUUUAUUUGACACUCUUCAUGCAGGAGCUGCUGACAUCUCAUUGCCAUAAUCAGGAGAGAAUGCUUUAUUUACAGACUUCAUCCACAAGGGUGCAGUUCAGUAGUUUUUGUUGAUGCUUCAGCUGCACACUACUUGUAUGCCUGCUUUUAUUAUUACUAUUAUUGUUUACUUCAGCAGCAUACUGUUUACUUGCAUACAUGACAAACUGUCUAACACUGGACUUUAUUCAGUACUUUAAAUUCUAGUUACAUUGUUUUUUUUAAUGUUACAUUCCAUUUGGGAAAAUGGUCCUUAAGCAGAGGACCAGGUGUAAAUGCGCAUAAUGACUGCUGGGCUGAUACAUUUACAGAUUUACUGGGAAUUCUGCAUAAUUAUUUUUCCCCAAAUGGGUCAUAACAUUUUUCAUUAAUCACCACAACAGAUUGACUGAUGAACCUUUGUUGCAAAUUCAGAAUCAUAUAGUUGAACGAAUCUGGCCUGAAGUCAACAGUCGUGUCAACAAUCCACUGAAGACAGCUCUUCUGCAAUUGGUGGCUCAAGAGGAAAUAGACAUGAACGACAGCCUUGUGAGAUACAGUGUCAAACCUGACUGGCCAGUUGUGCCAGAUUGGUCUUACAAGGCUGGUGGAGUCAUGGAAUGCUCACUGAAAUCGAGGUAAAGGUGUACCAAAUGACUUGGCUGGCUGUGGAUGUCCCAAAAAAAAAUCCCACAGGAGCUGCUGCCUCAUUCAGUUGAAUUAACAGCCAACAGCUGGGAUCCUCACUGACCACACAUUUGGAGUUGAUCCAUUUUCAACUGAUCAGGACAAACUUAGAGUUGAGAAUCAGUUUGCUGAGCAAUAUUCAGACAUUUCAGACUUGUUCUCUAGAGCAGUGAACAAUGACUUGACUCCGUACAAACAGGCAUUUCUCGGUCUUAUAACCACAAUUCAGCGCAAUGUGUGAAAAGCAGAUCGCUCUAUUUGAACAGAAUGUAAAUUUGUAACAAGAACGAUGAACACCAAUUACAUCAACCAGACUAAACAUGUAAAUAAAUUAACAUUACAACUCAAUUUUUGAAUCAAUAAAACAAAGUCAAAUGAAAGUCAA